AUGGUUGCACCGUGGGUCACAUUACCGCUCCCUCCUAUGUCGCCACUCACACCCACUCCAGCGUCCCCGUCCUGUCCACCUUCACGUGUUGUGGAUGAUGACUAUGACGAAGGCAUAGACACACUUCUUCAAUUCUCGCAACACCCCACCCCACCGACCGCGGAUCUGUUCUCUUCUUCUUCGCGCAGCCGUCCUUCACCUCUUGAAAUUUCAGGAUCCCUUAAGCGUCCUCUUAGCCCAGUCGCAGAUGAAAUGGACACGAAGCGAUCUCGGGUGGAUGGUGGCAAGCGCAGCGUGUCAUCUCCAUCAGGUGGACGACGCACUCCCAUACCUUCGUCGCGACCAUCGCCUAUACCCUUCCGUACCCAACCCUUGCAUUCCCCCGAGUCGCGUCAUACUGAGUCUCACUACGAUCAAGGAGGCCACGGAUUCCCUUCCGUACCCAACCCUCGCAUUCCCCCGAGUCGCGUCAUACUGAGUCUCACUACGUUACCAGCUAGCUGUGGUGUUUCCGCCUCAUCCCCGCCCCAUUGGCCAUGCAUCGCAUACUGGUCCAUCUGCCCCUAUCGCACUUCCUCCCAUUGCCACACUGUCCCCUCUGCAUCAAAUGUCCCUUCGCCAUCCGAUGACCGGAUGAUUCUCGACUCCCACCGUUCCUCGACUCCUCCAUCACGAGGAAAACCUUCCCAGGUCAUGAACCCAGCAGCAGGCUCUCCACCAAUGAAGCCAACCACAUCUCCCGCUCGCUCGCAAGAUAGACCUGCUCCUACUCCUCCUUAA